AUGCAAGGAUCAUCUAGACCGAAAACAGCAAUGUCAUCAAACGUUUCAAAGCUUCCUGAGCUUCCAAUGCCUAAAAGUUCAAAUGGAGAAUAUACAGUUGAUGAUAUUACUGAUAUUAAGCUUAAAACUAAUAUGAUGAUUGAACAAAGAAAGCUUUUAGGAUCAAAAAUCCAGCGUGCAAAACAACUAACCAAAGAAAGAAACCAAUCAAUUGAAUCUGUGUUUUCUCAAACUGCAGAGAAACAAUGCAUUCAAACUGCUUCACCAAAUACGAUUAAAUCAUUGAAAGAAACUGCCGAUUCAUUAGAAUAUUCAGUUGAUGUUCGUCAAAAAGAACUUGAAAAGAUUAAAAAGUCUGAUAAAUUAUCCCAAAUUAAAGAAUUACAAGUGGAAAUUCAGUUAUUUUACCUUGAGCAUAAGCGCUUAGUCCAAAAGCAGAAAGCAAUGGCUCAAAGCGAGAAAGUUGUCUCUUCGGAACUUGACAGAAUUAGACAACAAUCAAAUUCCUCCAGACACAACGAAGAAAGGGUUAAAGAAUUACAGCAAGAAAUUAAUGGACUCACUGAUCGUCUAUUUGCUUAUACAAAAAGCGAAGCAAAAUUAUACUCUACUAAAAAGCUGAAGCAGCUAUAUGAUAACCCGGAUAAAGUUAAUGAGAUAAAACAAGAAAUACAGAAGCAAAUAGCCGCCGAAGAGCAGCAAAUGGAAGCCAAUCAAAAAGAAAUGGCUCAAAUACAGAAGAAAGAGCAAAGGAAUGUUGAUUUCCUUCAUAAAAUUAUUGAUGAACAAGCUGCCCGUAUACGUCAAAAACUCGAAAAUUCUGAAAAUUAA